CUCUCCUCCUCCUUUCUGGCCAAUGGUGGCUCAAACCCGGCACGGGGCUGUGUCGUCCCCGAAGAAGCUCGCAUUCCGCGAGAAACUCGUCGGCAAGGGCCAGACCACGGACGUUCUCCUCAAAAAGCUUCAGACCUUGCAUCGUGAACUAGCGGACCUCGAGCAAGACCACAUCGACCCAGCCUCUCUCAAUGGUGUACGCAAGGAGCUCAUCGACAAAUACAUUCUACUCCACAAGGAUCGAGGCGUCAAAGCCUAUGCCGCGUGCUGCCUCGCGGACAUCCUCCGUCUCACAGCCCCAGACGCACCGUACACUCCGGGCGAACUACGCGAUAUCUUCCAAUUCUUCUUUCGCCAACUCAGCAAAGGACUCCUAGCCUCCGACUGUCCGUACUACGCCCAAUUCUUCCAUCUUCUGGAGUCGUUGUCGACCGUGAAGAGCGUGGUCUUGGUGUGCGACUUGCCGAACGCGGAGGAGCUCAUGACCGAGAUCUUUCGCGAAUUCUCCGCCAUCGUGAAACGGGACCUGGCGCGUAAAGUGGAGAUGUUCCUGGGGGAGAUCCUCGUGGCGCUCAUAGACGAGUGCCAGGUGUUGCCUGGGGCGGUUCUGGAGAUUCUGUUGGCACAAUUCAUGGACAAGAACGCACGCAAAGAGAACGCGCAAUACCGGCUAGCGGUGCAUGUGUGUACCGCCACGGCCGAUAAACUCCAACGCCAUGUUGCACAGCAUUUCACGGAACACAUCGUGUCCGAGCACGACGACGACGACUUUGACGACAUCCGCACCGAGCACGAACUCGUCCAGCGUCUUCACGCGGCGUGUCCCGAAGUCCUGGUCACCGUCAUUCCUCAGCUGGAAGAAGAGUUACAAACGGAGGAGGUGCAGCUCCGGCUUAUCGUCACCGAGACCCUCGGCGAGAUGUUCGCAGAGCCAACCCACGGGCUGACGCUAACGCGCAAGUUCCCGAUGACCUGGAAUGUGUGGCUCAAGCGCAGGAACGACAAGUCGUCCGCUGUGCGCAUCAAGUUCAUCGAAGCGUCCUCUGCACUUCUUGUACGCGCCAGUGCAAGCUCAGAGCAAAGGGCCGCAGUCGAGGAAGCUUUGACGACCAAACUCCUAGACCCGGACGAGAAAGUGCGGGCUGCAGUCUGCCGAGUAUAUUCAAGCAUGGACUACGAGACUGCAUUGCAUCACGUCAAGGUCGAUCAGUUGAAAGCUGUGGCUGGCCGCAUGUUGGAUAAGAAGCCUUCGGUGAGGGCGGAAGCUAUUCGAGCACUGGGGAAGCUUUAUGCCCUAGCAUAUCCUGAAAUAGAAAGCAAGGACAUGGCUGCCAUUGAUCACUUCGCCUGGAUCCCAAAUGACAUGUUUGCUGCAGUCAGAACAAACGCUGAGAUUAGACUCCAGGUAGAUGAAGUGCUGGCAGAGUUCAUCCUGCCUUUGCCCACCCCGUCAUCUGCUGCGUCUAGUUCGAAGAGUGUUGAAGUCGAUGAAGCCGCCUGGACAGAUCGAUUACUUACUGUGAUGGCAUCUUUGGAUGAAGAACAGAGUGUAGCGUCGCUGCUGAGUUUCAGUACUCUUCAAAGAGCACGUCCGACGAUCUUUGAUCUCUUCGUCGAGAGCUGCAUAGCCAACAACGGUGGAGUGAUUGACGAGAACGAAGACAGUGUCAAGUCCAAGCUUGCCAGUGUCAUCAAGUACAUUGCAAUGUCAUCGCCUGAUCCACUGAAGAUGGGAGAGGACCUGAAUGCUUUCGCAAAGCUGAAUGAGCAGAGGCUCUACAAGUUGCUUAAGACUUGUAUGGAUCCGCAGACGGAUCUCAAAGGUCUUGUCAAAGCCAGCACUGAGUUUCAUAAACGAAUGGACAAUGUCGCGCCAAAUCUGGUGUCCGCGAUGUCGUUCAUCGUUCGUCAAGCGUCCUUGCGAACAGUCAAUCAAUCUUCGAUCCCGACUCUGCUCAGGCGGUUGCAGAAGCCGAACACGGUCACAGCGGCCAACGCGGCGAAGCUGCUGGCCUUUGUUGCGAAACACUCCUCGAUAUUGUAUAAGAACCAUGUCGGGGAGUUGGCGAAGAGCAUCUCCGCUGCGGAGGAUGCGGCCGGGAAUCCUAAUUCCCGAUUAGUGGAGGUCGCCAUACAAGCACUAGCUGGACUAGUGCGUAUCGACGAGGGAUCAGUAGCCCUGGACAAGCGGACGUUUGAGCGCAUCAAGCAUCUUGCUCUUGAAGGCUCUCCUCGACAGGCCAAGUUCGCGGCCCGAUUCUUGACUUUUUCGAAAAAUAAGGACGCCGUCUGUGAUGAAGUCGUCGAGUCUAUCUGUGACGCUCUCGGAACGGCUUCUUCCGAGAUUCUUGUUGCGCACGUUGCGGUCCUAGCCCAGUUUGCACGAUUUGCGCCGAACUCGUUCGAGCACAAAAGCGACGUGCUGAUGGAGUUCUUGCUGAAGCAGUUGUUGAUGGUGCCCACCGGCCGACUGGAUGAUGCGAUGGAAACCGAUGAAGAGUGGGCAGAGGAAGCCGAGGUCACGGAUAAUCUGCGUGCCAAGAUUCUGGCGCUCAAAGUAUGCCGGAAUCGCAGUCUGGCGCAUGCGAAAUCGGAUAAAGCGGUCGAAAUGGCGACCCCGGUGCUGAAAAUGCUGGCAACGAUUCUAGAGCUUGGUGGGUCGCUGGUUCCUGACGCAGACGAAGAUCUGAAAGUGAUGUCGCGGAUGCGUCUCCAGGCGGCGAUAUCGCUAUUGCAUUUGGCAACGGUCCCGGCCUUUGCGCAAGCCAUUGCCCCGCGCUUCUUGAAGCUGGCGUUGACGGUGCAAGACACGUGUUUCAAUGUUCGCAUCACAUUCCUCAAGAGGCUUGUUUCGAUGUUGCACCCGCCUCGAUUGCCUCCCUACUUCAAUGUAAUUCCCUUCUUGACGGUACACGACCCAGAGCAGGAUGUGAAGACCCUGGCUUCCUCGUAUGUGACAGGUGUUGUCAAAAGGCUGCAGCCUGACCAGCGGAUGAAGCAUCUGGAGAUGAUGUUCCUGCGACUAUUGCACUUGCUGGCUCACCAUCCAGAUUUCGCCACCACCGUAGAUGAGAUGGUUGACACCGCAAAGUAUAUCAACUUUUAUCUUGACAUGAUCGCCAAUGCGGACACAAUCUCGUUGCUGUACCAUCUCGCGAUGAAGGCCAAGACGGUGCGAGAUGCCGAGUCGCAGCAGCACAGCGAGAAUCUCUACGUUGUGUCAGAGCUUGCACAGGAACUGAUCAAGUUGUAUGCCCAUCACCAUGGGCUUAACAUGACGACGUUCCCGGGCAAGGUCAAACUCCCAUCGGAUAUCCUGCGGCCCCUUCCAAAUGCAGAGACGUCGAAGAUGAUCAUGGAGACGGUGUACCUGCCGACCGAGACCGCCGAAUGGAUCAAGACGCAGUAUACGACUCCCAAAGAGAAGAAGGAGAAGGAACGAAAGGAGAGGGUGCCGACGAAGCGGAAAGCACCGGCCAAGCCGAAUGGGACGACCAAGCGACGGAAAAAGCGGCAUUCGGCGGACUCGGACGAGGAUGAGUUUGGAUCGGAACUGUCUGAGGACGAUGUGAAGUCGUCGGAACCACCGGCCGUGGAGGAGUCGAGCGAAGACGAGGAGGAGCAGGACGGAGAGGAGAAGCUAGGAAGAGGGCAGCGGACAAGGGCCAAGCGUAAGCAAGCGAAAGCUGCUGCCAGGAACUUGCGGACGCGUCGGGCCACUACUCCAUCCUCUGAUUGACGAUAUGUUUCUGCUUUUCUUUUUUUUAUACUCUCGCGUGUAAUUUGUGUGCCUGCUAUCAUCACCCAGCAUCUGUCGUGUACUCGUAUCUUUGCCUGCCCACCUGCUCGUCUGUUGUGCACUUGCAUCUCUGAUAUUUGCUGUCGAAUAUACAUAGUGUUAUAUGCAUGCCGUGCAUCAGGCUUUGGUUCUGGAGGUUGCUUGGUGCGCUGAAAGGCAUCGCAGCUUUGGGGGUUGGGAAUUGGGCUAGAGCAGAUGCUUGUCUGCGAGCAGGGCGCGCGUGGCAGAGAACCGCGAUCAGCUGAUGCGGUUUGUUUCUGACGUCAGGCUCACAGUUAGCUGCCCGCUCGUCUUCGCACUGCGAACGAGAGAGGCGGCCGUCCGUCUGGAAUUGGUAGUACCACUUUUCGUGCGGAUCAGAAGUGGAGAUGGUGCCGAUCCAUGGCUGAGUCUGCUUGCGCACCGUGCCUGAGAUCUACCAGUAGGGGUCCCGGAUGCCGCCGACAUCCGGGAGAGGAGUUUUGACACAAGAGUCUGGGCUCCGUGGUCCUUAUUUUAUUCUCCCGCUCAUCAACCUACGGGGUUCUUAGUCAACGCCAAGGUAUGCGAACCAGAGUAAACAGCGCUAGGUUAGUGCUGCAUUAUGGAAUAUGAAUCUCCCCGCCAACUGGGCGCUCUCUGUCUAGAA